AUGCAGCUGCUGCCCUGGGCCUCUGCGCUGGUGCUGGCCGCGCUCUGCAGUUUGGGAACCGUCCACUCCUCGGCCUACGACAAGAUAGUGACACACAGCCGCAUCCGGGCACGAACCCAGGGGAAGAACGUGUGCGCUCUGCAGCAGGUCCUCGGAACCAAGAAGAAAUACUUCAGCACCUGUCGGAACUGGUACAAGGGCUCCAUCUGCGGGAAGAAGGCGAUGGUGGUUUACGAGUGCUGUCCCGGAUACAUGCAGCUGGCCGGGAUGAAAGGCUGUCCUGCAGUGGCUCCGAUCGACCACGUGUACGGCACCCUGGCCCUGGUGAAGGCGGCGACCACACAGAGAUACACGGAUCUGUCCGGAGUCAGCGAAGAACUCCAGGGACAAGGAUCCUACACUUUAUUUGCACCGAGCGACGACGCCUGGAACGACAUCGGAUCAGUGAGGCGUUAUGAUCUGGAGUCCAGUCCGAGCACAGAUCUGUUGAACGUCCUCCAUCACCACAUGGUUAAGCGGCGACUUCUCACCAAAGACCUGAAGGACGGACUCACGGUCAAGUCCAUGCACCGGGACCAGGGUUUGCUCAUCAACCACUAUCCCAACGGGGUGGUAACCGUUAACUGUGCCAGAAUCAUCCACGGGAACCAGGUGUCCACGAACGGAGUGGUGCAUGUAAUGGACCGUGUGAUCACGAUGGUCAGCAGAACCAUCAAGGACGUCCUGGAGCAGUCGGACGAGCUCUCCUCUUUCAAUACUGUAGCUUCUGCGUCUGGGGUCAUAGACAAACUGGACCGCCCCGGACACUUCACGUUGUUUGCUCCGACCAACGAGGCCUUCGACAAACUGCCCUCGGGAUAUCUGGAGCGGAUCAUGGAAGACAAAGACAUUAUUGAAGCUCUGGUGCAGUACCACCUCCUCGCCACUGUGCAGUGCUCUGAGGCCAUCAUGGCGGGGUCGUUGUAUGAGACGAUGGAAGGAACCAACAUCCAGAUCGGCUGCGACGGCGACAGUCUCACCGUCAACGGCAUCAAGAUGGUCCUGAAGAAAGACAUCAUCACCACCAACGGAGUCAUCCACCUCAUCGACCAGGUCCUCAUCCCAAACUCAGCCAAAGCGGUGAUAGAGCUGACGGGGGAGUCUCAGAGCAUCUUCACUGAAAUGGUUUCUGAGCUGGGUCUGGCUGCAGCUCUGGGUCCGAAGGCUCAGUACACGCUGCUCGCUCCUCAGAACGCAGCUUUCACCAAUGAGGUGAUGUCCACGGACCAGGAUGCACUGAGGCUCAUCCUGGAGAACCACAUCCUGAAGCUGAAGGUGACGCUGAGUGAACUUUACAACGGACAAACUCUGGAAACUCUGGCUGGAAAACUGCUGCGAGUCUUUAUCUACCGCACGGCCGUGUGUUUAGAGAACUCGUGCAUGGUGCACGGGAGUAAAGAGGGCAGCGACGGAGCUCUGCAUCUGCUCAGAAACAUCAUCAAAGUCCCGGAGAAGACCAUGUAUGAGAUCCUGAUCGCAGACGGACGAUUCAGGGUCUUUCUGAACCUGAUGGAGACGGCUGGUCUGACCGAGCUGCUGAAACAGGAAGGAUCCUACACCAUCUUUGCUCCGACCGACGACGCCUUCAAGGAGCUCUCUCAGGCGGACAUGGCUCUGCUCAGGAGUGAUGUUACAGCCUUGAGGACCAUUCUUUUGUACCACUUCAGCAACGGAGUCUUCAUUAACGGAGGUCUGGAGGGAGGCGUCACCAACCUGCUCAAGACCCUACAGGGAAACAACCUCCAAGUCAUAUCUCAGUCUUCAGCUCUUUCCACAGAUUCUCGAUUGGAUUCAGGUCUGGACUUUGACUUGGCCAUUCUAACACCUGGAUACGUCUAUUUGUGA